CAGACAGCCAAACACACCUGUAUGUGCCUGAGAAGGUACUUCGAGGCCCACCUGGCUGUCAAGGUGGAGCAAGUCAAACAGUCCCUCCAGAGAACUGAAGGGGGUGCUCAAGUUCACCCUCAGCCUUACUACAAGUCGUGUUCGUACAGUCAUGAGCAGGUGGUGGACAUGAUGGACUUUCUAAUAGACUGUGGACCCACUCAGCUUCACUGGGAACCUGUGGAGGUGUUUCACAAGCUCUCCUGUAUUCCCCUCGUGUUACAACUCAUCUCCAUAGCCUGUGACUGGAGGAGUUAUUAUGGCAGGUCUGAUACGGUGCGUUUCGCCCUGGACAUCCUGGCUAUGCUGACUGUAGUACCUAAAGUUCAGCUUCUGCUAGCUGAGACUGUAGACGUGCUGGAUGAAGGAGGAUCCACCGUCUGCACUGUCG